UUUUGUAAUGUUUGCGGCGUAAACUGAGGGGCUACCUGACCCAGGACGUACACACGUGCUGAGGAUUUAACAGCCCGCAGAACCGCACUAAUUGAAAAACCCGAGAGGAAUGUGUUUGUUCACGGGAGACGCUGUUGUCGCUGAGGUUUUGAGAUAAGCAGACAGCAUGAGUACUCAAAGUUCUGCUGCUCCUGCCAGCAAUGGCAUUACUCCCGUUCAACAGAUGGUGGCGUCCUGCUCCGGAGCCAUCCUCACAUCUCUGUUUGUCACACCUUUGGAUGUUGUGAAGAUCAGACUGCAAACGCAACGAAGUCCCCUCCCCAAAGGCAAAUGUUUUGUCUACUGCAAUGGACUUAUGGACCACAUAUGUGUGUGUGAGAAUGGCAACUCCAGGGCCUGGUACAAAGCCCCAGGUCACUUCAACGGCACACUGGAUGCCUUCAUCAAAAUAGUGCGGCAUGAGGGAAUCAAGGCGUUAUGGAGCGGCCUGCCUCCAACCCUCGUGAUGGCAGUCCCAGCUACAGUGAUCUAUUUCACGUGUUACGACCAGUUGUGUACCGUGCUGAAGGCCAGGAUGGGAGAACAUGCUCAGACGGCUCCUCUGUUUGCAGGAGCUAUCGCCAGAAUUGGUUCUGCGACAGUGAUCAGUCCUCUGGAGCUGAUCCGCACCAAGCUGCAGUCUCAGAAGCAGUCGUACCGAGAGCUGAGCCAUUGCAUCCGCUUAGCGGUGGAGACAGAAGGCUGGCUUUCCCUGUGGAGGGGUUUGGGGCCCACGCUGCUCCGAGAUGUGCCGUUCUCAGCCAUGUACUGGUACAACUAUGAGAUGGGCAAGAGCUGGCUGUGUAAAUGGUACAACACCAGACAACCCACGUUUGCCAUCACCUUUAUAUCUGGGGCGGUGUCAGGAUCUAUAGCGUCGAUUGUCACUUUACCCUUUGAUGUCGUCAAAACGAGAAGACAGCUGGAGCUAGGAGAGCUUCAAGCAAAGAACUUGUCGUGUAAGGCCUCCUCAACCUUUAGUGUGAUGAGGAAGAUUGUGGAACAGGACGGCUUUCGUGGACUGUUUGCAGGUUUCCUCCCCAGGCUGAUAAAAGUGGCCCCAGCCUGUGCCAUCAUGAUCAGCACCUAUGAGUUUGGAAAGGCAUUUUUCCGCAAACACAACCAAGAGAGGAUACUCAGGCCGCUGCAGACCAGUAACACCUGAUAGAUUUCUCUCCACAAACGAACAAAACAGACACCACUGCUACUGCUAGACUGUACCUGGAAGGAGAACACUAAUGUUGCCAAAGUAAAAACACAAGCAGAAAUGAAAACUAUGAAAACACAGACCACUGUCUGCAUUGCAAAAUAUUUAGGAUGAUCAGAAUUUUUAUUAAAAUUAUUUUUUAUUGUAUUUAUAUUUAAUUUUCCCUUGCUCCAUGUACACUGUCAUAGAGUUUAUACGCACAACUGCAAAGAAAUGUUUUUUUAUCUGAAUCUAAUGGAUUAUUUAACACCCAGCAGAUGGAAAUUCUGUUAUUUUUUAAUUGUCCAAGUAAACAUGUGGCUGUGCCCGAGAUUUGA